AUGGCCAUAGGUGCAGACCUCCGUGCUUAUGCUCAAAGCCUGCCGGUUCCUCCCGACUACACUGGACCACCUUACAAUGGCCCGAGCUCGGUCAAUGAUGCAUUUGUGGACCAUUUGCUGAAUAUGUACAAAACACAGGCAAAGCUACCGAUGAAAUAUUCCUAUCUCAUGGCGCUGGAUGUUUUGGAUAUUCUGAAGCAGGAAAAAUCACUGCAGAGAGUCGCAGUUCCCCCUGGAAGCAAGAUCACUGUUGUUGGUGAUAUACACGGGCAAUAUUUCGAUUUUGUCCACAUGAUCGAGCAAGUCACAGGAAAGCCCAGCCCUCAAAAUCCGAUCCUCUUCAAUGGAGACUUCGUGGAUAGAGGUCCGUGGUCUGUUGAAGUCUUGCUUUGCUUAUACGCCUUCAAGCUCCAAUACCCCACGGCCGUGCACUUCAACCGUGGGAAUCAUGAGUCAGAAAUGACCAACUACCAGUAUGGCUUUGCUAACGAGGUCAAAGUCAAGUAUGAAGACAAAUUGAUGGAACUUUUUAGUGAAACCUUCCGUUAUUUGCCUUUGGCAACUGUUCUUGAGAACCAGGUCUUCGUUUCUCAUGCAGGCGUGCCAGGCCCUCAGGAACGUCUUUGGGAGGAUUGGAUGCAGAAGGCUCCAGACGAGGCAGCUGGAGUGCUGAGACGUGACCAGCAAGUCACUUUGGCUGAGAUUGAGGCGACCAACCGGGUUUGUGAGCCAAAUCCGAUGGACUUCCCUUUGGUGAUCGACUUUUUGUGGUCAGAUCCAAAAGGUGCGAAUGGCUACGGCCCCUCCACUCGAGUGCCAAUGGUCUACACCUUCGGCCCAGAUGAGACCAUUCCAAAUGUCAUUACGGUCUUCAGUGCUCCGAACUACAUUGAUCGUGCUGGCAACCUUGCUGCUGUUGCUGUCUUGACAAACCAAGGCCCUGUAGAAGCUGUCACGCAGGCAGACCAGCAAUUUGUCACUCAGGCUGAGGAACUCAAGAGGCCUGGUAGUACGUGGAGCUAUGAAGUGGACCGCUACGCUUUGCGGGCAGUCCUUGAAGGUAGCUUCCGACGGGAGGCGGCCUAUGCCGAUGAACAUCGGAUUGCAGCACGAUCGCAGCAGUCCACCGUGGAGAUUAUAAGCAGGCUACAAGGUCAGAUGGAGAACCUCCAAAUGCGACUACAGCAUAUGCGUGCUGGUCAGCCCUGGUUUAUCUCCAGCUCCUACAGGAUCCCCGGCACGCCUCUGACAAUGAUUGGCCGCUUUCAGCAGGGCCGUGCCAGCAUCGAGCUGAACCUGGCGGCAGACAGGGAUCCUGUCACCGCAGAGGCUGGUUUUGUCAGGGGUUUGGUGGCUCAGAAUAGCUUGCACAAUGGACAUGGUGGGAUUGGGUAA